UUUAAUAAUAAAAAUUCGGGAAUACCUAUGAUAGAAUAAACAGUUGUUUCGAAUGCUAAAAAAAUUAAAGUAAUGAGUUUGAAUGAUGAUAGCGAUGAAUAUAUACGUCAGAAAUUGUAUCGCAGUCGUGGGAAAUGUGCAAUCUAUGCCCGACAAUCGGAUGUUUACGUUGAGCUGAAGCCAAAAUCCAGUGCAAAUGUAAGGACACCAGUUGCCGAAAUGGCCGAGAGGGCUAACAGCAACGAUAUUGAUAUUGACCAUGAUAUUUGGUUUCAUAUAGCCAUGCACAUCGAUCCGGAGGAUGUGCAGACCUUUGCCCUGGUAUGCACACAGUUCGCACGGCUGGUGAACUCCAGAGGUUUCUGGCGGAACAUGUACAAACGUCAUUGCCAGAGUGGAACAUCCAAGGGCUGGAACCUGGAUCUGCCCGCCCAGCUGCAGUUGGAGCAAAUGCGAAAUUGUGAUACAAACAAAUUGAGAGCCCUUGUCACCGAAGCACUCUUCCAUUGCUAUGUGCCGCUAAAGACGCGACUGGAGCUGGGUUACAGCCUAGACUGGUUGUUGCAGCGCACAUUUGUAUCCUGCUCCCAAAAGAAGUUGCAGUGCCUGUGGAUCGUGUGCUAUACACUGCGAAAUCAGCAAUCGACUCAUAAACAACCCAACCAAAUGCAAUCAGUGAAUGAUAUUGAGGAUACGGAGGUGGUAAACGAUUGGGAAGCACUCGCAGGUGAUGAUGUGGAUGCACCAGCACGUCUAACAUACAACAAUGCCAAUCGACAUGAAGGUGUUGUACUGUUGAUAGUGUUGUGCCGCCAGUUUAUGCCACUGCCACUCCAGCUACUGUACAACCAGGAGCAGUCGAUGUUCCGUAUCAAGGCGACUCGGGAGAUGCUCUGCACGGAUAUGCGGGCCAAGAACUUGGAACUGGACUUUGUCGAUUACAAUAAUAGCAACAAUCAAUUGAGCGUGACUGUGAAAUAUCCGCGUAUAGAUAAAUAUAAGGUUCUGCCCUGGUGGCAUCCAGAUUUCAAAAGAUUUUUUAAAUAAAAUUAAUGUGAUGUACGACUAUGA